CGCGGGAACAUGGCGUCAGACGGGAUGGCGCUCACGAACCACGACCACCAGAUCCGCGUCGGAGUGCUGACAGUAAGUGACAGCUGUUUCAGAAACCUUGCUGAAGACCGAAGUGGAGUCAACCUUAAGGAUCUUGUCCAUGACCCGUCCCUGCUCGGAGGCGUGAUCUCAGCAUACAGAAUCGUACCUGAUGAGAUCGAUGAAAUCAAGGAGACUCUGGUGGACUGGUGUGAUGAAAAAGAGCUGAACCUCGUCUUGACCACCGGUGGAACUGGCUUUGCUCCUCGUGAUGUCACUCCUGAGGCCACGAGGGAAGUGAUUGAGCGUGAAGCUCCAGGAAUGGCCCUUGCCAUGCUCAUGGGCUCGUUAAAUGUCACACCUCUUGGCAUGUUGUCCAGACCUGUCUGCGGCAUCAGAGGCAAAACCCUCAUCAUUAAUCUACCAGGCAGCAAGAAAGGCUCACAGGAGUGCUUCCAGUUCAUCUUGCCUGCCCUGCCCCACGCCAUCGACCUUCUGCGUGAUGCUGUAGUAAAAGUUAAGGAGGUUCACAAUGCGCUGGAGGACCUGCCCUCACCCCCACCGCCCCUCUCCCCUCCCCCCGUCACCAGCCCCCAUAGGCAGACUGAGGACAAGGGCAUUCAGUGCGAGGAAGACGAGGAGGAGAAGAAGGACAGUGGAGUUGCCUCAACCGAGGAUAGCGGGUCCUCGCAUAUUACAGCAGCAGCCAUUGCUGCAAAGAGUGUGUUCCAUCCCACCCAUGCUGUUGUCAUGGCCAAAGGGGGCGAGCUGUUGACUUUCAUCCCUCCUACGACCCCCCCCUCUCAUUUCACCUGCUCCUGUGAACACAAGAUUCCAGAUGGCAUUAUAUCUCGGGGUGUUCAGGUGUUGCCCCGGGACACAGCGUCCCUCAGUACCACGCCCUCGGAGUCUCCCCGAGCGCAGCAGUCCCGCCUGUCCACUGCCUCCUGCCCCACCCCCAAAGUGCAGUCGCGGUGUGGCAGCAAAGAGAACCUCCUAAGAGCGAGUCAUAGUGCAGUGGACAUCACAAAGGUGGCGAGAAGACACCGCAUGUCCCCGUUCCCCCUGACCUCCAUGGACAAGGCCUUCAUCACUGUGCUGGAGAUGACUCCUGUUCUCGGGACUGAGAUCAUCAACUAUAGAGAUGGAAUGGGACGAGUGUUAGCUCAGGACGUCUAUGCUAAAGACAAUUUGCCUCCAUUUCCUGCCUCAAUCAAAGAUGGCUACGCUGUUCGAGCUGCUGAUGGUCCUGGAGAUCGCUUCCUCAUCGGGGAGUCGCAGGCCGGAGAGCAGCCUACUCACACAGUCAUGCCAGGCCAGGUGAUGAGGGUGACGACUGGUGCUCCUAUUCCCUGUGGAGCUGAUGCUGUAGUGCAGGUGGAGGACACGGAGUUACUGCGAGAGUCUGAAGACGGCACGGAGGAACUGGAGGUGCGGAUUCUGGUGCAGGCGCGUCCCGGACAGGACAUUAGGCCAAUCGGUCAUGACAUAAAGCGAGGUGAGUGUGUGCUGGCCAAAGGAACACACAUGGGUCCAUCUGAAAUCGGCCUUCUGGCCACUGUGGGGAUCACGGAGGUGGAGGUGCACAAGUUCCCCGUGGUGGCGGUCAUGUCCACCGGCAACGAGUUGUUGAAUCCUGAAGAUGACCUGCACCCAGGGAAGGUCCGGGACAGUAACCGCUCCACCCUGCUGGCUACCAUCCAGGAGCACGGCUACCCCACCAUCAACCUUGGAAUUGUUGGAGACAACCCGGAUGACCUGCUGAAUGCCCUGAAUGAGGGAAUAAGUCGAGCAGAUGUCAUCAUCACAUCUGGAGGCGUGUCCAUGGGGGAGAAGGACUACCUGAAGCAGGUUCUGGACAUUGACCUCCACGCUCAGAUCCACUUUGGUCGGGUGUUUAUGAAGCCAGGUCUCCCCACCACAUUCGCCACUUUAGACUUUGAUGGCACACGGAAGCUCAUCUUUGCCCUGCCAGGUAAUUUCACCUACAGAGACACAGGGUCGACCCUCCUUGAGGCCGUGCCCGUGAGUGACAGCGAGGCAAGCAGGCUGCCCGUGUCUCCUCCUGCAUGCAGAACUUUGUACAAAGGUGCUCCUGAGGGUAACCCGGUUUCUGCAGUCGUCACCUGUAAUCUCUUUGUUAUUCCUGCGUUGAGGAAAUUGCAGGGGAUCCUGGACCCAAGGCCAACGAUUAUCAAAGCCAGGCUCUCCUGUGACGUUAAGUUGGAUCCACGUCCAGAAUACCACCGCUGUAUACUGACGUGGCAUCACCAGGAGCCCCUGCCCUGGGCACAGAGUACAGGAAAUCAGAUGAGUAGUCGGCUAAUGAGCAUGCGCAGCGCCAACGGCCUUCUGAUGUUGCCUCCUAAAACAGAGCAGUACGUGGAGCUGCACAAGGGCGAGGUGGUGGACGUUAUGGUCAUCGGGCGGCUAUGAUCUCAUCUCGUAGAACGCGACCAGAAGAGAGGAAUGUGGUGCAUGUCCACAUAUCAGUUAUUAUAUUGUAAUAUGCAAUGGCACAGUUAUUAUAUUUUCUAUUUUGACAAACAUUACUGGAGUAUAAUCAAACAAAAACAAGCUAAAACAUCAUUUAUAGACACAUUAAUUGAGCAAGAGAAGGAGAGUGUGUGUGUUAUACAGUGGAUAUAAAACGUUUGUUUUUGCAUAUG